AUGCUCAAAAUUUUAUUGCAAAUCGAAAGAGAGAUAAAAAAUUUUAAUUAUCUUACCUAAUGUGCAUUUGCCUUGUUUAGAUUACUAUAUUCUUAUUUAUCUGUCUUACUCCUUCAAAAUUUAUUAGAGAUUUAUCUGCAAAUGAUGCAUUAAAAUUUAUUCAUUUAUCAUUUCGAUAAACAAAAUAUUAAAAUUUUGUUUUUUUUUAAUUUUUAUGAGGGUGCUUUUUAAAGCUCCCCUUCCUACCUUUAAGUUUACCUUUCCAAUUUCUAAACAGAGCUUCAUAAUCUUGUUGCUAACACCUUAUCUUAGACAGGAUCUAUUAGGACACAUGAAUAAAGAUUUUAAUUACUAAUAGUUAACAUUCACCUAACUUAGGACUCAAGAUUGAAAUGGACAACAGCACUGCAAAUCUUUUAAUGUUUUGCCUCUAUAAUUGGAAGAGGUAUUAACUAUCGAAUGAGAAAUAAUCAAAAUAAGUACAAUAAUAUGUAAAUCAUGAUUCUAUAAAAAGAAAGAAAGUUGAAAUUUAAUCAACCUAGAUUGAAUAAUUGAGGAGUAGAAAAAAUAUUGAUUUGGAACAAAGUGUUAUAAAAUUUCUGUUAAUUCUAAGAACUUUCUCAUAUUAGACAUAUCAGAUAUUCUUAAAAGAUACCUAUGGAUAAUUUGUUUUAAGUCCUCAUGAUUAAUAUCAAAGAAAUAAAAAUGUAUCUCAAUAUCUUAAGUUAAAUAGCAUAGAAUAUUUAUGA